AUGGCCUUCACCGUGCUGGGCCCGGUGGCCGCGCACGUGCUGUACCCGGAGCUGCGCCUGCUGUCGGAGGAGGAGGAGGAGGAGACCCGGAGCGAGAGCGACGCCUCGGAGCGCUCGUACGGCUGCUGCGAGGGCCGGGUCCCGGGCGGGCGCGGGCCGGUGGUGGUGGUGAAGCAGCGGCAGGCGGCCAACGCCCGCGAGCGCGACCGGACGCAGAGCGUCAACACGGCCUUCACCGCCCUGCGCACCCUGAUCCCCACCGAGCCGGUGGACCGCAAGCUCUCCAAGAUCGAGACGCUCCGCCUGGCCUCCAGCUACAUCUCCCACCUGGCCAACGUGCUGCUCCUGGGCGAGGGAGGCCCGGACGGCCAGCCCUGCUUCCGCGCCCUCUGCGGGGCCAAGGGCGAAGGAGGAGGCGCCGCCGGACCGCCCCGCAGCAUCUGCACCUUCUGCCUCAGCAACCAGCGCAAAGGGGGCAGCCGGAGGGAGCUCGCUGGUGGCAGCUGUCUGAAAGCCAGAGGCGGGAACCAGGUGAGGAUGCUGCGGCGGUGA